AUGGCGGGUUGGUUCUCUUCAGCCUCACCGCUCGAUGAGCAGGUUGAGCGCGCUACCGCAUCUUCACUCGAGGAUAUCGCCCUGAAUCUUGAGAUCUCUGACCUCAUUCGAUCGAAGGGCGUGCAGCCGAAAGAUGCUAUGCGCUCCCUGAAGCGACGACUCGAGAACAAGAACCCCAACAUUCAAAUAGCAACUUUAAAGCUCACGGAUACCUGCGUCAAGAAUGGCGGAACUCAUUUUCUGGCGGAAAUUGCGUCUCGAGAGUUUAUGGAUAACCUUGUCUCGCUCCUUAAAGCGGAAGGCGUCCCGCUGAACUCCAGCGUGAGGGACACGAUGUUAGAGCUUAUACAAGACUGGGCUAUGGCUGCUCAAGGGCGCAUGGACUUGAGCUAUCUCGGGGACACAUACCGAAGGUUGCAAACUGAAGGCUUCCAUUUCCCACCAAAGACCGCGAUUAGUGGAAGUAUGCUGGAAAGCAGUGCGCCCCCGGAAUGGAUCGACUCGGACGUUUGCAUGCGCUGCCGUACACCUUUCAGUUUUAUGAACCGGAAACAUCACUGCAGGAAUUGUGGAAACGUCUUCGACGCGCAGUGUUCUAGCAAGACCCUUCCAUUACCUCAUCUCGGGAUUCUACAGCCUGUCCGUGUCGACGAUGGGUGCUACGCCAAGCUGACCUCGAAGCCGUUCACUCAAGGCGCUUUGGCGGAUCGAUCGGCUUUUAAGAACAACUCAAUCACAAAAUCCAGUGUGAUGGAGCCCCGUGCGGCGAGGGCGGAAUCGGGUUUCGACGAGGACCUGCGCCGAGCUUUGCAGAUGAGUCUAGAAGAGGCUCAAAAUAAGUCGUCGAGCGGAUAUGUGCCGCAGCCCAAGCCCGCCCACGCGCCAGCAAACGCAGGGCCUCAGCCUACUACUGACGAGGAGGAAGACGCGGAUCUCAAAGCCGCGAUAGAGGCAUCUCUCCGUGAUAUGGAACAACAUAAGCAGAACUAUGCUGCAGCCUUGAAGAGCAAUAGCGCGGCUGAGUCCUCGACCUGUGAAGCUCCCGUGGCAGCACCUUUGCCUAAAAACCCGUAUGAACUUAGUCCCGUCGAGGUCGAAAAUAUCCACCUCUUCUCAACGCUCGUUGAUCGACUGCAACAUCAACCACCAGGGACUAUCCUUCGGGAACCUCAGAUUCAGGAACUGUACGAAAGCAUUGGAGCACUGCGGCCAAAGUUGGCGCGCAGCUAUGGUGAAACGAUGAGCAAGCAUGAUACCCUGCUGGACCUUCAUGCCAAGCUGUCCACAGUGGUCAGAUAUUACGACCGCAUGCUGGAAGAUCGACUGUCAAGUGCGUAUUCUCAACAUAAUCUAGGCUAUGGCUCCAUCCCUGGGGGCGCUCAAUACCCCAACAUCUACCCGUCAAUGCCUUCGAACACGGCCGAAGUCAGGCCAGGCGCUGAAAACUUCUACUACGGAAACUCGGGCGUCGAGCAACCAGGGCCCGUCCGCACACCUUACUCGCAGCCACCACGUGAAAACGCCAUGAUGAGUCCCCCAAUGCACCCGCAGCCUCAGCAGCCUUCUCCAAGUCCGCAGUGGAACCCGAACAGCCAACCAAUCGCAUCACCUCAGUCGAACAUCAACGCAUACAACAACACUGCGGCUUACUCAGGCCUUCGAGCACCGUCACAGUUCUACAGUUCUCAAGCAUACCAAGAGCCAGAGAAGCAGUUUCAACAACCUAGACCAGGCGAACCCGAAUCGCCUUACCAGCCAUCUCCAGUAACAGGUCGCGACUCGUACUAUCAGUCCGCAGGCUUACCGUCCAACCCUGCAGAGCAACAAACGCCGGUCGAGCAUGGACAAUCUUCUGGGUACACUCAGCCAGUAGAUUCACGGCCGCCGCAGUCGGACCAGUCUCAACCAACAGAGCCGCCGGCUCACACGUAUUAUCUUCCGCAGCAUCAACAACAGCCUACUCAAGGAGCAGGCUAUCAAGAAUACUCCGCUCAAGGAAAUACCAGCUAUCAAGCACCCUACAGAGGCGACGUUUCUCCCAUCAGUGCGCCCCAGCCCGUACAGUAUCAGCAGCCGGCGGCGCCUCGACCGGCCGUGGAGGAGAGUUUGAUCGAGCUGUAG